UCUUAUCUAUAUAAGCAUAACUGGAUCGAGUAAUAAGAUAAGCAUUACAAACAUCAUCAGAGAAUUUCCUUCUUUCUGUUUUGUGAUCAUCAUCACUUCCAUGGAUAGGAGAAAGGUGAAACUUGCAUACAUAAUCAGUAACAUCAACAGGAGGGCAACAUUCAGAAAGAGAAAACAUGGUCUAUUGAAGAAGGUUAGGGAACUUUGUACCCUUUGCGGAAUAGAAGCAUGUGCAAUAAUCUAUGGUGAAAACGACACUCGAGCAGAUGUUUGGCCAUCUACAACACGAGCAAGAAGUAUAUUGUCAAGAUUCAUGAGUUUAUCCAAAGCGGAACGAAGAAAAAAGAUGGUUGAUUUGGAGGGUUUCUUGACGCAAAGCAUAGCGAAAGCGGAAGAGACGUUGAAGAAACAACGGAAUGGCAAUAAGAAGGAGGAAAUGGGCAUUAUCAUUAGCCAAUAUAUUCGUACUGGUGAAUAUAAUCUAGGUCAUGUGAAUGAGAAUUAUCUCAACGAUCUUUCGGAAUUUAUAGGUGAUAAUAUAAAGAAAAUCGAUAUGAAGAUGAAAUCUAUGGAAGAUCAAGCCCAAGAGGAAGCUGGAAAUGAAGUUGAACCUAUGAAUGAUCAAGAUGAAUGAAUCUUUAUUGUAUUUCUAGGUUGAGUAUCUCAUGUUUGAAUAUGUUUGGUCUUUAAUGUCUUAGAAAUUAUGUGUGUUUUUACAUUUGAUCUUUGUGCUUGUUUGUUUCAAAUUAGUCUUUGUUUUCUAUGUAAUGUUUACUUUUGUUGUGUUGAUGUUCAUCAAUGGAAUUAGUAGAGACUUUAUUUGUGUG